AUUCGGAGACGGUUAUCACGGUUAAUUAAAAGCUUCGCGAACUCGAGGGUGGAAACUAGAUGACCAACACCAGGAGAAGGGAUGAACACAACUUCUGCUUUCUUCAUCUUGGAGCUCAGGACAUACCCUUAUUAUAUUGGGAGUGAUGUCAUGUCAUGGCUUUGCUAGCUGGUUUGGGAUAGUAAAGUCAGGUGAGAUUGAAAUAUUUGUCUUUAGAUUAUAGGACAAUGGAUGGUUUCAUGGAUGAAUGGUGGGGCUAUUUGCCAAUUUAGUGUUUACUACUAUUGUUUAUAUUAUUGAGUAUUGACCAUGGAAAAUUUCGAGGUGAACAAGGAAUUGUAAUCCUGAAUUGUUAUUGUCUUGUUGGAUUUAUUUAUUCAAUAAUUCAUAAUAUAUGUUUUGUUUGUGCCUUUGUGGGCAUACAUGUGCAUACAUGUGACCAGUACACUACAUUUCAGGCUACCUCUUUUUUCAAUUAUAAUAUGUUAGAAUCAUAAGAUUGCAGGCCAAAGAAUCUUGUAAAAAAUUAAGAGUAUCCAUAUACAAAGCUCUAAAACAAUCAUAAUAUACUUGAAAAAAGAGGUAUAGCCUGCAAUGUACUGUCUUUUUUCAUAUGUAUGCAUGCCCAUUAUGCCGACAAACAAACCAUGACAUCAGUCCCAAGAUUCCUCCCCUAACUUAAGGCAUGUUUGGAACAGCAAUAAACUUUACAAAAUCAAGAUGUGUUAUAUGUUUAGAUUUUCUCAAAAUCACAAUUUGGAAUCACUAACUUAAGUGCAGCAUAUCCAUUAUAUUGUGCUCCAAGAUGAAGAAAGCAGAAGUUGUGUUUAUCCCUUUUCCUGGUGUAGGUCAUUUAGUUUCCACCCUCGAGUUCGCAAAACUUCUAAUCAACCGUGAUAACCGUCUCCGAGUAACCGUUUUAGUAAUCAAAUUUCCACACUCAACAGAAACCGAUGUUUACACUAAAUCACUUCCUAUCUCUGAUUCUCUCCAUGUUAUCAACCUUCCAGAAUGUUCUCUUCCCCCGAACUCCGAUCCAGUUUCUGCCAGGAAUGCUCUCCUUGAAGCUCAGAAACCGAACGUCAAAGAAGCCGUCAGUAACCUCACUACUGGAGCAGAAAAUGGAGUCCUUGCUGCUUUCGUUGUUGACAUGUUCUGCACCACCAUGAUUGAUGUUGCCAAAGAGUUCUCUGUUCCUACGCUCGUCUUCUUCACUUCCGGCGUUGCGUUUCUUGGUUUGAGUCUUCAUCUUCACACUCUCGGUGAACGAGACAAUGUUGAUUCAACUCAGUUGCAGCAACUCACAGAGCUGGCUGUCCCGAGUUUUACUAACUUGGUUCCAUCAAAAUCGUUGCCUAGUUCCGUGCUACGCAAGGAAUGGGAGUCGUUUAUGAUGGACUUUUGGAAAGGCCUCAAGAAUGCCGAUGGGUUUAUAGUAAAUUCAUUUGAAGAGCUAGAAUCCCAUGCGGUUCACUCUUUUUUAUCUGAUCCUAGUCUAGCUGGUUUUCCCAUAUAUCCGGCGGGACCCUUACUAAACCUGGAGCCCAAAACCAAGGGCACCGUUGUUUCUAACGAUAUCAUCAAGUGGCUUGAUGAUCAACCUCCUUCCUCUGUAGUUUUCCUCUGCUUCGGGAGCAUGGGUUCCUUCGACGAGGAUCAAGUUAAGGAGAUCGCAUGCGCUAUUGAGAAUAGUGGGGCCCGAUUCAUUUGGUCUCUCCGUAAACCUCCACCAAAGGGCACCAUGAAUAUUCCACCCACUGAUUACACUCUUUCUGAUUUGGGUUCGAUUUUACCCGAAGGGUUUUUAGACCGGACAGCAGAGAUUGGAAGGGUCAUCGGAUGGUCCCCACAGACCCAAAUACUAGCCCACCCGGCCACAGGAGGAUUUGCUUCGCAUUGUGGGUGGAAUUCAACACUCGAGAGCAUUUAUUUUGGUGUGCCUAUUGCCACAUGGCCGCUUUAUGCAGAACAACAAACUAAUGCUUUUGAAUUGGUGCACGAGCUGAAGAUGGGUGUUGAGAUUGCAUUGGAUUAUCGGGUGGAGUUUAAUGGUGUGCCUAACUAUCUUGUAACUGCCGAUAAGAUUGAGAGAGGAAUAAGGAGUGUGUUGGAUACGGAUGGAGAGGUAAGGAAGAACGUGAAAGAGAUGAGUGAAAAGAGUAGGAAGACUUUAUUAGAGGGAGGAUCUUCUUACACUUAUUUAGGCCGUUUAAUAGAUUAUAUUAUGAAUCAGGUAUGAAAUUAAAUUGUCCUAGUACCCACUUACAAAAAGGUCAUAGGGUAUUGAUUUAAUUUUCAACAUUAUUAAUCAAUAUAACACAGAUUAAUAACUUUCACGGUGACUUUGGUCAAGAGGCUUACAACCACUCUUGAUUUAAAGUCUUGGUUAUGUUUCGCAUAUUGUUCACGAGGUAUCGAUUUAGUGGCAGGAGUUUGACUAUGUAACUGCACGGGACAAAGUUGAAAUCCCUACAUUUGUUAAAGUUUUGCUUCACAUAUAUAGGAGGCAAGUUUGAUGUUUUGUUUCGGAUUGCUGUUUUGUUUCUGGUUUAAGAAUUUUUCUGUUUUGUAUUACGUUAGUUUUAUCAUGUGCUGCAUUUUCUUAGUAGGAUUGAACAUACUUUGCACGCUAGCGGCUAAUCCUGCCGGAUUUUAAUGAAGUUUUUGUGAUCAUUAAGAAAAGCAGUAUUGACAAUGGAAUAUUCUUCUGUGUUACUGUUAAA